CCCAGAAUGGAGAAGGUGAUGAAGCUAUUGAUUGUGCUUGUUCUUGGCACAGACACCUGGUCCUGCUCAGGGUUCCCAGUAUAUGACUAUGACCCGUCCUCCUUGAAGGAAGCCCUUGAUGCAUCUGUGGCAAAAGUGAAUUCACAGGCCCUGAGUCCCUACCUGUUUCGGGCAUUCAGAAGCACAGUCAAAAAGGUCAGUGUCGUGGAUGAGGACAACUUGAGCAUGGACAUAGAAUUCAGUAUUCGAGAAACUGUAUGCAGGAGAGAUUCCAGCGAAGAUCCCUCUAUCUGUGACUUCCAAAGGGGAUUCUAUGUGCCAGUAGCUGUCUGCAGAAGUUCUGUGCAGGUCUCUGCACACCAGGUACGGGAUGUCUGGGUCCACUGCCGCUGGUCAUCCAGCUCUGAGUCGGACAGCAGUGAAGAGAUGAUUUUUGAGGACAUGCUGAGAGCCUAUAAAUGGAGAAACAAUUUUCUACAAGGUCUCACUCCUCAUGAAUCCAGUAGUCAACAAUAUUAUGAAAGAUCACCAGAUGAGUGA